CGCGUAAACAGCACGAGAAGCCGCGACGCUUGUGUUGUCUGCAUCGAUUGCUCCGUUCAUAUAACCCGGUUAGGAAAAUGUGACACCACUUCGAUGUAAACUCGUCGGUGAAGUGAGCCGUUCUCCACAGGAUGUCAAAAAAUACCUUCAGAGUCAGAAACGGACUUUGAUCAGCAUUGCCGUCGUCAGAUGAGCGCCGCUCGACACGCACACACGCUGGAAUUUCGAAACUAUCAGUAUCAGAUCGAAAUAAGCAGGCUAGCUGGUACACGCCUGUCAGUGGCAUGGCAAGAGAAUGCAUCCUCUUCUUCCUCUUGUGCCUCUUCUCAGUGACUGGGGUUAGUUGCCUCACGUGUAAAAAGUGCAUCACGGAAGAAUGCGUUCCCUCAGUUAACUGUACGGGUGGUACUGUCAGGGAUCCGUGUAAGUGUUGUAUGGAAUGCGCCAAAGUCGAAGGAGAAUCCUGUGGUGGGCUUCACGGAACACUUGGAGAAUGUGACAAGGGUCUCUCAUGUAACCGAGAGGUUAAGCACGGCGAGGCCGUUUCGGACGUGGACAGUAAGGAUGGCAUUUGUCACCUAGAACAAAGUGGGUCAUGCUUUGGAUGUAACAUCAAGAAUGAUGAACGGUGCUAUUGUGCCAAUACUGGAUGUUCAGAAAACAACCCUGUGGCCUUUAAAUACAAAGACUACAAUUCAUGCAAGCUAGCCCUGGAAGAAGGGGUUACGCCUGCGUACGGCCUGAACUGCUCCCAGGUGAUGUGCACGCCAGUUCCUCAGAUGCUCUGUCCGCCAGACAGUGAGGUUAUUGAAACACAGCGUGCAGAUGCUGACAGUUGCUGUCCAAAACCUGGUCGCUGCAUCUGCGGAGAGUGUCGUCCAGCCGUGUGUGACGAGCCUGGCUGGCAGGAAGUGAUUGUGCGCCGUGGAAACAGUAGUACGCCGGGAAGUUGCUGUGAUCUAUAUGAGUGUAAAUAUAAAGAUGAGGAAUGUCAACUACCGAUGACAAAUUGUAGUGCCCCCGACUGUCCUGACGACAGUGUUUUAGUAUCGCAUCCCGCAGAGCGGGUCUUCACCCCCUGUUGCACGAAAUCUAUCAGUUGUAAGUGUGACCAGAGCAAGUGUACACAGCUUCGUUGUCCUGCUGGCCAGGAGCCAAUUGGAGAUAGGAAGCCAGCGACUAACGUGCCUGGCUCGUGUUGUGAUAAAUUAGACUGCAAGAAAGUCGUUUUAAAGUAUGACACUGAAGCGAGUACUGUGGAGAAUUUGGCAACGACUUUGAUCGAUGGGAGCCAAUCCACACAUGAAUCGGUGUUCGUGAGACAGAGCCACCCGACUGCACAGGGGGCGUACCCCGAGUUAGCGAGUAGUCCGCCUGCGAGGGUGCCGUCGGAUGUGUAUGACACCACGGUGCAGAUAGACGCACUGCCUGAUUGGGAGAGCCAUGCGUCUACAGAGGCGCCAUCUGGUGUGGUGAUUCAUCAGACUACAGAGGUGCUGCCAGGUGUCUUGGUCGGGCAACUAAGCACCACGGUGGCAGCAGAUGUGGUGAUUCGUCCGACAUCCGUGGCGCCAUCUGUCUUGGUCAGUCAACUGCCGACAGAGGAGCCUAGUUAUACUAAUGUGGUAUCAUCUGAAGGGGUGCCAAUGACGGAGGUGCCCGCCAUACUGCUGACCCACUUGAGCUCGGGAGACGGCCACGAGGACCCGUAUAGCAACCUGCGCAACUUUGUCCUGAUCGUGGGCAUCGCCGUACUAGUCUGUGUGCUUAUCAUUGUCGCACUUAUCUUCUGCUUUCUGCACCAGCGUCGCAAAGUAAAGAAGCGCUAUCAGAACAAGCCGCACAUAGUUAGCCUCAUCCGCGCGGAACAAGGCAGCCACGGCGGUAAUCCCACGGCCUCCUAUAGCUGUCCCAUUGAGCUCACCAGCUGCAGGCUUCUAGUGAAUGGCGAGCCGGCACUGGCGAUGUAACGCGAAACAAUGGGCACGUCGUCUUCGGCUUUUAACGCUCUCGUCUCUGCGCAGUGAUUUUAGUGGAUAUCUGUAGGAAGCAUGGCUUUGCACAGAAUAGCAUGCCCAUCGUUUGCACACACACGCACACACAUCGUUGUGUUCUGCCUUUAUCAGUAGAGCUCCCAGACGCUGUGUUGGAAGCUGUGCUUAUAGAUUAGCAGUGAGGUAAUCUACGUUUGUCAGCUGCAUGCUCACUUGCGGCGUCAAUCGCACACUGCACUACGACUUCUUCUACCCUUCUUUGCAAAUUUACGCAUAAUUAACUGCAAUAUUGUCCCUCUGCCAAUGAUAGGCAGGAAGCGUACGUUCACAGUGCACCCUCGCAGAUCAGUGUAUUCCUUCCCAUCAUUGAAGUUUGAACCGAAAUGUAGAUCCACAGUUGCUCUCCUCUAGCCGUAUUUGAUUAGCCAAAUGUGAUUUUUUUGGAUAUAAAUAGCAGCUCAAGGGUUACCUUGUUGCUCGUUGUCCACCAUUGUCCACUUCCUUGCUGAAACAGCUUCAGUGUGAAUGUCUGCCAACGUUCCACAUAGCCUGUAGUCCAUUAUAGUUGGCCUCAAGCUUUGUGCAGACUUUUCUUGAAUUCUUGGAAACAUUUACUAAUCAUGAACUGCUUUUCCAGUCAUUUGAAAGCCCGUAAAUUAGCCAAAUGGUGGAUUUAUUAGCACUAUUCUGCUGAGCACUAUUCUAUCAGUCAGGACUAGAGUAGAAUGUCUGUGUCUUUAAUCUGCCUCGUCAUUAAUUCGUAUUGCGGUCCUAUUUGUGAUCUUCACUCAGUCAUAUGAUAUAGGCAGAAACGUGGCAAGUACAGUUUUAGUGAGGAAGGGACUGUUGGGGAAGCGACCGAAGUCACGCCCUUGGUAAAGGUAAAUUCACUCCUCUCACUUUGGCAAAAUCAUACUUUGAUUGUAUACAAAGAGUAAACUGUGUGGGUCGAACGAAGCACCUUCGAUUUUUUUAAAUUGGAGUAGUGUGAAUACGCAGUCAUUUGGUGGUAAAAGCCGUAAAACGAGAAAGGUGUUGACAUUGAUGGUUACUAUUAAAAUGUAUCCAUUCAACUGUAAAAAGACUGACUGGCUUCUAUAAUCUACUGAUAGGAGUAUUUUCGUUUAAAAUAAACCUUGAUAAAAUGCCACUAGUCUGUUCAUAUUGGUGUGGGCGUGCGUAACAGGGCUGCCACACAAUUUACAGACAAUAAUCACAUUUUUAUCAAGGUUUGACAAGCCCUAGCCCUUGUAUCCACAGCAUAGGAUGGUCGCUUGGAAUAGGUACUCGCUUUUAUUGUGUAAUAUGUUUAAGAAAACAGCAAUAGUUCAUUAAACAAGAGAGUUGUUAUUAUUGAUAUACCUGUUGGAUACGAAUUCUAGGGGUUAGCAAAGCUUCAUGAGAUUCCACCACAGCAGGUGUAUUGUAUUGUAUUUAUCCAGUUGAUAACGUAACAAUAUAUAGAAACUAAUAUAAACAAUAGACAGAGCUAUACUACAGGUCAGCCUCAGCUUGAGAAUAGAAACUUAAAUAUGGUUAGUGUGCCAACACUUUCUUAAAGAAGUUUCUUUAAAUUUCUUUUAGAAAUUCUUUACCUUCCUUUGUAGGCCACGUUUGAGAUAAUGGAAUUUUGUUGCCAACAAAAACAUUUUGUUUGGAAGUAUAACAAAUGGGUUACAAUAGCAUAACAACCGUGGUGGCAAUUUUAUGAUGUUGUUCUCAAGCCCUGCAAUUCGCAUCAGCAGGGUUUGAAAGGUAAUCAUUCCCUUGUUGAAUGAAUUCUUGGUAGCCAUAACAAGGCUCGGUAUAGUCCAUGAAUGCUGAGCUGAGAAAUCCACAUGCAUUCCACUGCUUUGUAAACUAUUUAUAAUAUAAGAAGUUAUCUGUAUAUUUAGGCAUAAAUUGUAAUUACUGUUGUUCACUUAUCGUAGAUAUUUAAAUUGAUUUUUUUGUUAUGUUGUGGUAUGUUGUUUUUUCAACAUUUGUGUUGAUUGUUGUGAUUUUUCCCAAUUUGUACGUUUCAAUUGUAUUCCAGUGGUAGCUGCAAAGUUAAAGGUAGAUUGUUUGCAGGGUACAGUGCACAAGCAUGUGUUUUUAAAACGUGAUGUUUUGGGUCGAUCGUAUCAUUGUCAGAGUGAUCCCAUGUAUUCUCACUGUUGUAUAAUAUAUUACUUUAGAACAUUCCACAUGAUUAUGAUAUGAGAACCUAUUUCUCUUAUGUGUAAUUCAUUUACAGAUCGACGGUUUACGCUGAUAGUUAAGAUUACUGUUUACAUUGCAUUACAUUACAUUGCAUAAGGUAAUUGCAUGGUAUACAUGUAUCUUUUUAUGUAUAUAAUCGUAGAAUUUUCUUGACUGCAAUAACAGUUGUCAAACCACUGUGAACCUCUCCUGAGGCUAGUUGUAAAGAAGAGGACGUCGCUACGUGCAAAGCAUUUAGUCGAUUGGAGAUUCAAAAAUCAGUACAAAACAUGGUCUUCUAGGUUUUUGCAA